AUGCUUGCAUUCAUCCUCCUGAAGAACAAGCUGGCCCGAAUAUUCAAACCCAAGACAUACCUAGUCCCUGAGCGAGAACGAACAGAACCCCCACCGAGAAGCCCAUGGGGCUGGUUGUUUGCAAUAUUCAGAUUCAGAGACCGUGAAAUCAUCAACAAAUGUGGCCUCGACGCCUAUUUCUUUCUGCGAUACCUCCAAACCCUCCUUGUCAUCUUCAUACCUCUGGCACUAGUGAUACUCCCAAUUCUGGUUCCAAUCAACUACAUUGGUGGCAGAGGUUCAGCUUACGCUUUGGAGUUCGGAAAUUCGUCCGCUUCAAAUCACGCCAAUGUCAGUGGGCUAGAUACUGUCGCAUGGGGUAACGUAAGACCAGAAAAAACACAUCGAUACUGGGCACACUUGAUACUUGCUCUUUUCGUUAUUGUCUGGGUUUGUGGGGUAUUCUUCGCGGAGUUGAGAGUCUACAUUAAGGUCCGACAGGACUAUUUAACAUCAGCAGAACACCGAUUGAGGGCUUCAGCAACGACCGUGCUCGUAAGCGCCAUUCCUCGAAAAUGGCUUACGAGAGAAGCUCUGGCUGGGUUGUACGAUGUGUUCCCUGGAGGAAUUCGAAAUAUUUGGAUCAACCGAAAUUAUGAUGAAUUACUUGACAAGAUCCACCAACGAGACAAAAUCUUCCAACAACUCGAGAGUGCCGAAACGGAGCUGAUUAGAAAAGCAAAGAAGGCACAGAGAAAGCAGGCUGGGAAGGACGCGAAAGUUGGCGCAAAGAAGGCCAAGCUCAAGCCAAAGACCAUGACGAAAGAGGAGAGGGAGCAGAAGAUCAAAGACGACAAUGCAGAAGCGGAGAGGCUCGCCCAGAGUGGAGGAGUAAGCGCCGGGGAUCCUCACCAAGUACCUCAUACAGUCGAUGAUGCGAUAGAAGAAGAAGAGGAAAGAUCUAGGCAUGAUCAAACUGAGCGUAAAGGUACCUUUAAAAUUCCUGUCAUUGGUGGAGGUCUGGCUGCUGUGGGGCAGGGCUUGGAUGUGGUGGGUCAAGGCCUUGGAAAGGGGCUUGGCGCUGCAGGAAAAGCUGGGGGGACGGUCAUUGGAGGUGCUAGGAAAGUUGGUAGAGGACUCGACAACCAACUUGAGACUACGAACGGUUUCAUUACGAUGGACGACGGAUCACCCGUAGAUGGUGAUUUAUACGACCAGUAUGGACGCUACCGUGGCAAUCCUCGGGUUGCAAACGGAGGGCCUUAUGGUGCUGGUUCAGAAGACAGGGCAGAGGAGAUUAGAGAUGCAGAAAAGCAGUUGGAGACAGUUGAAUCGACAACUCCUCCGGGAACUCGAGAUGGUCAAGGUAAUAGGCUACCGGGAAACACAACUCGGAAGGCAACGUUCCACUAUGGAGUUGACGGUGCUAAUGAUAUUCCCCGGAACAACGGCUGGUGGAAAUUCUGGAAGGGGCCCGCGGGAGGAUUCGCAUCGCCAUUACCCACUGGCUAUGAAGAAGGCGACGAAUUUCCCUUGACUCAACAUGAUGGAACGGGAGAUUCGUCGUUGUCAAAGCGUAGUGGGGACAGUAGGGGACAGAAGAACGGGCUAUGGGGCAAAAUCACAGCUGCCAUCCCAUUCCUCAACACGGAAAUAGUGCAGCCUCAGGAGUAUCCAGUGGCGUACGAUCCUGCAUACAAGGAAGAUGCACACGGGGCCAUGUGGGAGAGGUAUCUCAGGGCAAAAGACCGACCGACACACCGAUUGUCCAAGUUCAGCUGGACCCCUGGGUGGUUGCCAGGCUUGCCACUUAUUAACGAGAAGGUCGACACUAUAUACUGGUGCCGCGGGGAGCUUGCCCGUCUUAAUCUCGAAAUUGAGAUAGACCAGAAGGAGCCAGAACGCUUCCCGCUGAUGAAUUCUGCUUUUAUACAAUUCAAUCAUCAGGUUGCAGCUCACAUGGCUUGCCAGGCUAUUACCCAUCAUGUGCCCAAGCAAAUGGCUCCUAGAACUGUCGAAAUUUCACCCAAUGAUGUGGUUUGGGACAACAUGUCGAUCAAGUGGUGGGAAUCUUGGUUUAGAACUGCCCUUGUGACAGGUGCUGUUGCUGGAAUGGUCAUUCUCUGGUCGUUUCCCGUGGCCUGGACAGCCUCUCUGGCUCAGAUUUCCGACUUGGCCGCGAAGUAUUCCUGGCUCCACUGGCUUCAACGCAUUCCCCCAAAGGUGCUUCAGGCAAUUGCAGGUGUUCUGCCAGCCCUCGUACUGUCAAUUUUGCUCGCGCUGGUUCCUGCGAUUCUAACCUACCUCGCGUUUCUUCAAGGCGCACAAACUGGCAUGGAAAAGCAAGGGUCUGUCCAGAACUACUAUUUUGCCUUUCUAUUCGUCCAAGUGUUCUUGGUCGUCUCCAUUUCCGGAAGUGCUUUAGCAACUCUUGGAUCAGCAACUGAAAUCACUGCAAUUCCCAACACAUUAGCGACUCAACUUCCAAAGGCGGCAAACUACUUCUUCUCAUACAUGAUCCUGCAAGCCUUGUCGACUAGUUCCGGAACAUUGCUGCAGAUAUUUACUUUGAUCCUGUGGUAUGUACUGCCUAAGCUCUUUGACAAUACUGCUCGACAAAAGUGGAAGCGGAACACCACUCUUCCCUCAGUGACCUGGGGUACCUUCUUUCCGGUGUACACCAACUUCGCCUGUAUUGCUCUGAUUUACAGCGUUGUUUCGCCGAUCAUCGCGAUCUUUGCGAUCAUAACCUUCACACUGCUCUGGAUCGCCAACAGAUACAAUAUGCUCUACGUGUCCAGAUUUCAACUGGAUACUGGUGGUCUGCUGUAUCCAAGGGCCAUCAACCAAACCUUCACGGGCCUCUAUGUUAUGGAGCUUUGCAUGAUUGGCUUAUUCUUUCUCGUUCGAGACGAGAACAAUAAUGCCGCCUGCGUGCCGCAAGCCAUUAUCAUGAUCGUCGCCGGACUCCUCACCUUUCUCUACCAAAUACUGCUGAACAUGUCAUUCGGCCCUCUCUUCCGCCAUCUUCCAAUCACAUUUGAAGAUGAAGCUGUCCUCCGUGAUGAGGCUUUCGAAAGAGCACAGGCACGCCGCCUUGGCCUAGAGGACGAUAUUGCAGACCUGCCUCAGCAUGAUGGCGGGAUAGAGAUGUCCAAACUCAACGCAACCAGCAAGUUCGCAAAGUUUAAUCCGGUCAACGUUGCCCAUGAAGCUGGUUCCUGGGCAGCCAGAUCAGGGCGAAAAAUCAGACAAAACACUUUCGGCCGUGGUUCCGGCAACGAUGCUGCCCCCACUGCAUCAAAUCAACCUCAUCUGCAACGCAAACGCAAGCAUCGUGAUAUCGAAGCCCAGAAGAAGAUUGCCGAUGCUCUUUAUGGCGGCUACAAUGACGAAAUCGAGGAUCUGACACCUGAUGAGAGAGAUAUUCUUGUGAAGCAUGCCUUCCAGCAUUAUGCGCUGCGGGCACGCCGUCCUACUGUGUGGAUUCCCAGGGAUGAUAUCGGAGUCAGUGAUGAUGAGGUGAAGAGAACGAGAGAGUUCGCUGGCAACAAUAUUUGGAUCAGCAAUGUGGGUGCGGCUUUAGAUGGGAAGUCAAGAGUUGUCUAUGGAAGAAACCCGCCAGACUUCUCGGAGAUCGAUUUAAUCAAUCUGUGA